UCCGCUCUGUCGUCCCUCCGCGGUCUCUCUCCACUGCAGUGGGAGGACGGAGGAGCGGCGGCGCCGCCGACCUCAAUCGGCUCCGUCGGCGGCAGCCACCCUCGAAUCGAGCUCGUCGGCGGCGGUGUCCGAUCGGAACAACCUGCCGCCAUCUCCAUCUGCACCGGAUCACCGGCCAGCUGAGAGAAAGAGACGAGAGGUUGCUCUGACAGAUAGGAUGGAUCCUGCGGAGAUUGCCCAAGGGGUUGAUGGCAGGCCCGAGUGUUCUUGACACCAACUGACCCUGUGUCCAAGGUGCUCAAUGAUGAUGACCUCCUAAUCGAGAUCCUCCUCCGCCUCACUCCGAAGCCAUCCUCCCUCCGCAACGCCUCCCUCGUCUACAAGCGAUGGCGCCGCAUCCUCUUCGACCCUCAAUUCCUCGGGCGCUUCCGCAAGCACCAUUGGAAGCUCCUCGGCUUCUUCUACCAACAAUUUAAUGAAGCCCCCAACUUCACUCCAAUUUCGGACCAGUUGGACCUCAUUGCAGCAGCGUUGCCGGAGAACCUGUUUCAUCCUUAUUCUGGAGGAGGUGUCUUCCUUGGCUGCCGCGAUGGCAUCGCCCUCGUCCUCCACCGUGCGCGCCAUGAAGCCAUCAUUUGGGAACCCACCACCGGGGGCAAAAACCACUUGGCUUUUCCACCAGCCGUGAGUGAUGGCUUCGAAACCUCUGUUAUGAGCGCGGCGGUGAUGUGCUCUGCCCGCGACGUUCAUCAGCACUUGCACAAUGAGAACUGCUUGAGCACAUUCAAACUGGUACUGGUGUGCCAGGAAGAUUUCGCUAACCAAACAAAGGUAUCUGUUUGCCUCUACGACUCCAAGUCUAAUACAUGGGGCGAUAUUAUAUCCAUAACGGAUACAUGCAAGAUUGCUAAUGUGGCAAGGCCCAGUGUCAUGGUUGGGAAUGCACUUUACUGGUUGCUCUCUGGAGCAAACAUCCUUGAGUUUGAUUUUGAAAGGCGGACCCUUGUUGUGAUUGAGAAGCCGACAACAUAUGCCCAUGUUACUGGUUCUAGCGUCGACAUGUGCUUUCAGAUCUUACGAGGAGAAGAUAAUUGCCCUGGCCUUGUGGUUCUUUCAAAGUUAAAACUGAGCAUUGAGUUAUGGGGGAGGAAGUCAAACGGUGAUGGUAUUGUCUCAUGGGUGCUGCAGAAAUGUGUUCAACUGGACGAGCUCUUUUCAAGACCCGCGCGCAGGAAAAAUGUCAUCCUGUUGGCGGGGUAUGAUGAGGACACAAAUGCGAUAUUUCUGUCUUCGGAUUCUCAUGAUUUCAUCCUCCAGCUCGAGUCGGUGCAGUUCAGAUAUAUUGGAAGGAGAGAAUGCACACACUUCAGAAUGUAUUAUCCGUAUACAAAUUUCUACAUUGCAGAAUGGUCAUGUUAGGGCAAUGCAAGUCGACGGGGGUUCCAUUUCCAUUCCUUGGCCAAUACCCUUAUGAGAGCUUAAACUAUAUCAUUAUUUAUUGAAAUAGACUGAAUCUAUAUCAGAAGUAUAAUAGAAGUUAUUGAUGCUUGCUAAUCACUAUGUGUGUAAAUGAAAUGCUGUCAUUUUUUUGCUUGUAUCGAUCUAAAUGGAUCGAUGCAUACUCUACCGAGAUAUCAAGUGCAAGGUGCUGUGUAAAGUGUAUGAGUUGACAGGAAAUGAGCCACGCAUCUAUAUUAUCUGUCAAUUUAGGAUGAUCUGGCCUCCCGGAUUUCCCGCACUCAAUGAUGAUUCUGCAAGGUUUGCCUUUUGUCUCUGGUUGAUGCGGCAAUGGAUAGGAGAAGUUAGAACGACAGGGGAUAGCCUUCGAACCGUGAUCCUCAAGAUAUGAUGCCUUGGAUUGUUAAUCAUUAGUGUUUCCUUAAUGUUUGUAUACAACGAAUCAACUUCAAUGUCUGUAUGUUGAAGUAUGUUAUCUCUCACGUGGAUUUCAAUUAUGAAUAUAUGACAAUACAUUUUUCCUGCCCUUAUGAAAAGUGGAAAGUGCAACUUAGCUAAAAACAUGUAGGGUACUUGGGUGAUGUUCAUCUUGCCUUCUUAUAUGACCAGUUAUUAUGAUUUAGUGGUGAACGAACAUGAGCAUAGGUGCAUUCCCGGUUGAGCUUUGAUUAUAUAAGGCAUACUCAUCAGUGAGAAGUGAAUACUUGUCGAUCAGUCGGGAGAAGAAGCUAGGCAUGUCGACGGAUGCAGGGAAGAAGGUGUACGUUGUUGCAAUGGUGAUUCGGGUGAUCUACACCGGCAUGUACAUCGUCUCCAAGGCGGCCUUCGACGGCGGCAUGAAUACCUUUGUGUUCAUCUUCUACCGCCAGGCAGCCGCCAGUCUUCUCUUGCUACCCCUCGCCAUCUUCCUUGAAAGGAGAAACACGUCACCUAUGUCACUGUGGUUGUUCACCAAGAUAUUCAUGUAUGCUUUACUCGGGAACACGGUGAGCAUGAACCUGCACAACAUGAGCCUCAAGUACACCUCCGCGACGGUGGCUUCAGCCACGAGCAACUCCAUCCCCGUCUUCACCUUCCUCUUCGCCGUCCUCCUACAUUUCGAAGCCAUCAAGCUCCGCACCGCCUCGGGUAAAGCAAAGCUCGCCGGCGUCGCGCUCUGUGUCGCCGGGGUCCUUGUCAUCGCCCUCUACGCCGGCCCGCCACUGAACCCCCUCAACCACCACCGCGCCUUCGCCGCCGCCAUGGCCGGCGGGAAGCAAGGGGAUUGGAUGAAAGGCACGUUCCUGAUGCUCCUGGCCAACCUGACGUGGUCGCUCUGGAUCGUCCUCCAAGCGCGCCUCCUCACCGAGUACCCCAAUAAGUUGCUAGCCACGACACUGCAAUGCCUGCUCAGCACGGCACAGUCGCUCGCCCUGGCGGCUGCGGUGACCGCUUUCGGGAAGGACAUGUCCGUCGUGUGGAGGCUACGGCUGGAUGUGGGGCUCGUCGCCUUGGCCUACUCCGGGUUCGUGGUGACGGGGGUGUCUUUCUACCUGCAGGCGUGGUGCAUCGAGAGGCGAGGCCCCGUGUUUCUGGCCAUGACUAAUCCGGUAGGGCUCGUGCUCACCAUGUUCUGCUCCUCCUUCUUCCUCGGUGAGGUCGUUCACCUUGGCAGCGUCCUUGGCGGGGCGCUGCUGGUCGCCGGGCUGUACAGCGUGCUCUUGGGGAAGAGCAAGGAGCAGCAACAGCCACCGCCACCGCCACCGCCACCUAGUCUAGCAUCUGCAUCAGCAGCAUCCACCGUGAAACAAGGAUGCUGCAGUAGUAACGCUCGUAAUGGUGACAAGGAGGAUAAGAUAAAGUUGGAGGAGAAGAAUAUCAAGAUGGCUUCACAGGUGUAGCUGCGAAAUACAGGGUUCUCUUACGGGCAUGCAUCAAGCAGGUCGGCCACGAGGAGUUGUUAGUUUGACAGAGACUCUUGACUCUUGAGUGAAAUGUAUAAUAGUUCACCCAUCUGAGCACAAGCAAUGUAUUAUUGGAAACUUUAUUAACGAACAUCUAGUAACAAACUAACGAACGACCUACGUUCUGCCCCUUUAAUUAGGAGUAGCUAGAGAAGAUCUUUGUGGUUUAGUGUGGGUAAGAGAACUCACAAAACAGAUACAUGCUAUGUAACGAGAAUUUUGUGUAGCUCAACAACAAGGGACGUGGAGUUUGUGUGCACCAGCACAAAUGGACUCCAUAUCUGGACAGUUCGUUGUAGUGGUGGG